UACAUGCUUCAAACCAUGACUCGAUACAGUAGUUGCUACAAACCUGAUCGAUGUAAUUUUAUCUCCGGAUUGAAAACCAAAUCAAGCAGCCGUCGUAAACGCUUGAUCUCCUCCUUUGAACUGGCAAUUUCGUCCUGGUAUUCUGUUAUCGUUUUUUCUACUUCUACGUAUAUCUCCACAGCAACCGCUGUUAGUCGCUUGCAAUCGGAAACAUCUGGCCUAAAACCAGAUUACAGACUUCUUGGACGACCACUGUACAAAUUGGAUAUCAACUGGCCCAAAUAUCCCGAGCUUUUCAGCGGCGAGGUAUUUGGAGUGGCUGUCAACCAGUAUGCCGGUGUGGUAUAUGUUGCACAGAGAGGUGAGACGGUUCCAAAGGUGCUGGUGUUCACAACAGACGGAGAGUUCCUACAGGCCUGGAACACGAGCACCCUGGAGAUGCCCCAUGGGAUAUUUUUGGCCGACGCCGCCACCAACCCCACCGUGUGGGUCACGGACGUAGGAAACGGCCCGUAUGGUCACUCCAUUAAGCAGUACUCUCCCUCGGGCAAGCUGCUCCAGGUCCUGGGCUCAAUGGGGGAAGCCGGCUCUGGGGUCAACCCGCUCCAGUUUGACCAGCCCGCUGAAAUCUUUGUCCACAGCUCUGGGGAGAUCUACAUAGUGGACGGGGACGGAGGGAUUAACAACCGCCUCAUCAAACUGUCCAAAGACCUGGAGGUGCAAUGGAUGCACGGAGAGAAGGGCCAGGGCCUUGCACAGUUCUACAUCCCCCAUAGUGUGGCAGUAGAUAACUAUCAAAGGGUGUGGGUUGCUGACAGAGGAAACAAGCGAAUCCAGGUGUUUAAUUCUGUGACUGGAGACUGGCUUGGAACAUGGGGAAGCUGUUUCAAUGAGGAUGCACCCUACUCUGUGAGGUUGACACCAGACCAGAAGUACUUUGUGGUGGUGCAGCUGAACACCAAUCAGAUCUCCCUACUGGAGGCUCCACCUGUGGGUGUGAUUGGUCAGUGCCAGGUGGUCAGUGUCAUCCAAUUGGCUGAAGACGUCAAGCCCCACCUAGUGGACCUGGACCUGAAGACGGGGGCUCUGUAUGUGGCUGAGAUUGGUGCACAGCAGGCUCAGAAGUUUACCCCAUUCAGCCUGGGUACUGGCUUCCUGCAGGAUGGUUGAUGCACUCUAUUAUAGGCUGUGUUCCAGGCAGACAACAUUGCAGACACAUGACAGAUCUCAGAACGCCUGGAUUGGUGUUUAACAUAUCAGUUAACCACAUCAUAUGAUAGCAAUCUGAUGCCCGACUGUGCAGUCUAUGAUCUGGGCACAGAACCAUUGGCUGAUGCAGUGCAAUGUCUGCAAUGUAGUUGGCCUGGACCACGACUAUAAUCUUUUGAUGAGAAGUUAACAUGUAUAUUUAAAUAGAUUCAAAUGAGCCAGGCCGCUUAUUGGACAAAUCAAAGAUGCCAUUUUCUCCCCAUACUGCUCAUUUGAAUAAUUAUUUACCCCAGGCUCACUAAGGUAUGAAGUCCUUUGUAUGUAACGUGCUACGCCAAUCAGGAACUCUUAGCCAGCUCUAUGUUUACUGUUUAGUUCUUAUGGAGGUAUAGAAAAGUAUUGCAUGUCCAACUAACCAAUCUCACUUAAUUGCAUGAAAGAAAUGGUUGUAAGAACCAUCAUUUGAAAUUCUUUAAGGCAGCUAUGUUUUAAAAGCGUCAAAGUGACUUGUGCUGUAUGAGGUACUACUACUAUCAAGUGAGAAACUUGUUUUCUUAGUUGCAGUAUGUUUGAUCACAGUAAUAUGACCAGUGCUAUUCAGAUUAGAUUUGAAAGGGUUCAGUGUCAUCCGCUAGUGUCGUGAUAUAUGAAAUGUGUGGUUUAGCAUUGAAAGUGUAUAACAUAAGCUUUCAAUGCAAAGCAUAACAUUAUUAUGCUUGUGUGUGUAUAUGGUUUCAUUGGGAUUACAAGUCCUGUAUUUUUGUGUGUUUUUACCCUGGGGAACAAAUCUUAUUUUAUGGGGAAAUGUUUACAUUGCUUGCUCCUGAAUAUUGUUUAUGGUCAUAUGCAUAUUUUGUUCAAUUUGAUUGAAUGAAUAUACUGUGAUUUGUUUCUGCUGCUUUUUAUUAGUGCCAUAUCUUAGUCAAGCUCUGCAUCAUUGAAUGUUCAUUGAAUUUUCCAUUUUUAUGUUGCUUGUUAUUCUUUCAUUUUCAAGGGUAAAGAUUGACAGAAAUAAGAUCUAAAUAAACUUUUUGAAAACCAA